AUGGCACAAGCAGUGAUACUUCGGAUCAGGUCUGCAGGCGCAUCCCAGCGCAAUCCCCAUGCAGCAGCAGCAUGGAGAGGCAAGCAGCGGGCACACAAGCGCCGAAGCAACGGCACCUGGAUGCGAGGGUCGGGAAGAUCGCAACCUCUGCUGCGCUCCCGGAUAGGGAGCCACGGCACAAAACGACCAAAUCCCGGGCUUUCAUGCCGCCCCCAGAGGGCGAAGACACUCAUCACAGAGACUCCUCACAUCCCGAGAGCAGCUCGUAUGAACACCUGGAGAGGGACACAAUGGCAGACCAAGUAUGCAGACAUGGAAAGAGACUUACCAGGCGGCACUCUGCCCUUGACACUCAGAGGAAUAGGCUGA